AUGUUUGCGCUGAGAAACACCGCGAACAACGCCACGGGUGCAGCGUCGUCGGUGUCCUCGAAAACCAACGCAAAAAAGAACAACGUUAUCAAUUGCAGAAGACGAGGACAACUCUUGAAAAAACGGUUUCCCAGUACUAAAAGUCGAGCGAAAGCAAAAGCAAUGUCAAUCAGAAACGGCCCGGAAACGGUCCCUAUUGUCGUCCCACUCGGCGACGGGUCUCAGCAACAAGAUUUAUUCACGUUCUUAGUGAACAACCGAAUCGUCUUCAUCGGCGAACGCAUCGACGAAGAUUCUACGGCAAUAAUCGUGGCACAAAUGCUCGCUUUAGAAUCAGAAGCACCGAAUGAACCGAUAACUUUAUACAUCAACGCGACGGCGGGGACGCAAUAUUGCGUCGUCGCGAUCGUCGACGCCAUGGAGAUGAUCACGUGUCCGGUGAAAACGGUCGCGAUGGGAUGCGUGGCAGGACCGCCUUUGAUGAUUUUAGCCGCCGGGACGAAAGGUGAGAGAUAUUCCAUGAAAUCGGCGAGAAUGAUAUUAGCGCAGCCGUUGGGUGGUUUGAGCGGAACCUCCGUCGAGGUCAAGUUGCAAGCGUUGGAGUUGAACAGAAACGCCAAGGCGCAAUCGGCGUUCAUCGCGAAAUACACCGGGCAGGAUUACGAGGAGUUGAGGGGUUUGAUGACCAGAGAUACGUACUUUGGCGCAAAAGAGGCGAUUGAUUUUGGGUUGAUCGAUCACAUCGUCGAGUAA